AUGUCUAUGGCACCUACCCCAUACUGGGGCGCACUUCCUCCCCCAAAAAUUGUUCGCGGGAAUUCGCUGAAGCAAGAACAAGAGAUGAAAGACGGAAGGGACGACCGAGAAGCGAGAGAUCUUCGCGAUAGGCGGACCAGUACCAGCAAUACCAAAAUGGAUCCAGAUGGCAGGAACGACCUGUCCAUUGACACCAAACCUGACCGGUCGUCAAAUCGAGUCUCUUCUCAGUCCACUCGUCGACCGGAAAGAAGCUCUACACAAACCGAUGCGCCCACGGUCUCUACGCAGAGCCCAUUCGUUUCUCCGACAGACUCUAGUUUCGGUGUGAGAGGACUGGCUCCUCGACCGCCUUCCUUACCGUACGAGGCACCUUCCUCUGCGAAUAACGAUUACUUGGAAAAACGAAGACGGCGAGAAAGCAGGAAUAGAGAUCAAGCUCCUCCCGCAGCUCCAGACGUUCCUCGACCACCACCUCCCGUUAGCUACAGACAACCAUAUAACGCCGGUCCGCCUGCACGUUCGAGGUCAGCAAGACGGUCAGAAGGACCAAUUACCUCAAGUCAAGGUGUAGCAAACGAGUACUAUCGUUCAAAUCCACGAGAAGGAAACUCUACAUCAGGCUCUAGGAGAAGUAGUGCACAAAAAGGUCGAGCAGGAGCGCAUGAUGAGCUGGAAUGGGAUACUACAGUACCUGAACGAAUCGACGUUCCUCAACGUCAGCGGAGACAAGGCUCCCUAGCUUCACAAGGAGAAUCUCAAAGAAGACGGGACUGGGCACCUGAUCGAUCCCCUCUGCAGAGGCUCGAAUUGACACUUGAUAGUAUUACUAAAGAGGAGAAAAGAGCUCGGGUCGAGGAGGCCGAAAGACUCGCAAAGGCGGAACGCAACGGGGAGAAAGGCAAACAGAACUCGGUUCGGUUCAGAAAUCGACCAGUUGCAAAAGCUCCUGAGGGCGGCAUUAGACCAGAGCCUCGAGACUUACCAGAUGCCAGCGCAGAGACAAGCAUAACCACUGAACAAACCGAUUCGCCGCAAAGGAAGAAAACUCUGGAAAAACGAAAGCCGGUCGAUUCUCCCGCCAAAAGUUCUAUUCGAGCUGUUAGUUACGAAGAGCCCGAAAGAACCAGGAAGUUCACAGAACAAGAGACUUCAUCGUCGCCCCGCCGUGGACAAAGUACUCGUGAUCGACCAAUUAUUCCAGCUGCAGUAGCCGGGGCCACUGCCGGUGUAGUAAGUGCACAACUUGGCCGAAGCGGGAGCAAUAGACUCAAGAAAGAACCUCCCGGAGAUCCUUGGUCGCAACGUCGAGUUGAGGCUGGAAAGCAGAAUUCUUCAAAACCACCUGCCAUUGAUCAGAAAAGCGAAGGCCCACCUAGAGGGACAGCAUUUCACUGUCAUCCUCGAGUGUCUGUGGACAAGGAGCUUCCACCAUCACCCACGGAGUCCGCUAGGCACAUCGAUUCUUAUUCAAGUGACGAUAUGGGCAACAAACCUGUUCGGCGCAAAACUUUGAGCAAAGUUCAGCAGCUGACAGGACAAAAUUUCUCACAGGGUGCUCUACAGUCAAUACAGCCAGGAAAUGGUCGAGCAACAGAAAGUGUGAAAGCCAAUGAUACAAAACAUGGGUCCUCAUUUACUAGGUCUGUGAGCAAUGAAACACGAGGUGCUUCUGAAGAAAGAUCAGUAGAAAACCACCAUCAUAUUUCAGACUUGCUAAAUCGGCAUUAUGAAAAUACAUCCGGACAACGAGUCUACACCCCAUCGACCAGACUUGAUGAAUGGAAAAAAGGUGGAGUAGCUCAAUUGUCUGGAUCAUUGCUGGAUCUUGAGAAUGAUGAGCAGAUUGAGCUCGAGAAAGAUAAGGCAUGGUGGGAAGCCGGGAAUACUGGGAAGCGACAUCCGAGUACAAGCAAACCCCGUCGAGCAGAAGCCUACGAUGGAGAAUACGAUGACAAAAACGGUAUGGAAAUUCAAGACUCACCCCCCAGGAAUGUUGGCGACAUGUGUGAUUGUCAAAAUAUAGAAAAGAAGCGUUUUCCUGGUGCUCGCAAGGUUUUGACGAAGGUUAGCCCUAGCCGGCGUCAGUAUCUUGGGCCCGACAAGAAGAGGGAAGGUAUGCAGGGGCGGGUGACAGGCGAGACGGUCUCGGAGUCAUUCAAGGACACCUCUGCAAAACUGCUUCAUGUUCCUUCUCAUUUGUCGCCUUCCAAGUCCAUGGAUAAUCUUUCUCAAUUUACCAACUCAUCCAAUCCAAACGUUCAUAAGCUAACCUGUCCGAUGCGGGGCAUCCGCGUCCGAAAUGAAAUAGCCCCAACUAGAUUCAAACCACCUCUACAUAUGAGAGCAGGCCCAAUGCUACGAUACUGUGGACUUCGUCGCGAAGCCGCGCCUUCUCGUGCAGUUCGAGCACUUACUGGUGUCAAUCACGAGAGAGAAAUAUGGAGAGGAACGAUUAUGAUUGUGACCCAAGAUGCUCAGUCCUCAUACGAAUUAGCUCCAACUUUGCGAUUAUUUCUCCAACCAAUGGACCUUUUGCCGCCGCCUCCUUCACAAGUUGAUGGUGCUGGACUUGCUCCUGAAUAUGUUGACCCACUUGCAGGACUUCCCAAAAUCGGUAGAGAUGGUAGAACCCUCUACGUACGACCUGUUGAGGAUCUUGAAGAAGGGCGAGAUCUAUCGAAAGAAGAGUCUGAUGAUGGUUUGUUUGAAAUGCAGAGAAGUAACUUGGACGGUAGCAAUGACAAAAAAUGCGCAAGGCCACACUACGACGGAGAAAAGGCUGGCAAAUACAAGGAAGUAAGAGGGUUUCGCUUACAUACAGAGCAAGGUGUCACGUUCUGGAGAUUCAACCUCGAAAUUGAACUUCGCACUAAACAACAACGAAUUGCUUACCGUAUUAAUCGUGGUCCAGCGACAGGCUUUUGGGUACCAGCCCGCGGUCAACCAAUGAACAUCAUGUACAGCAGUUGCAACGGUUUCAGUUAUGGCAUCGAUCCUAAUCAAUUGAAUGGACCAGAUCCUCUCUGGAGGGACGUAUUGAACAACCACCAAACCCAGCCAUUCCACGUCAUGCUUGGGGGCGGUGACCAAAUUUACAACGAUGCAGUAAUGCAUGAGACGGUAAUCUUCAAAGAGUGGACACGACUCAAUGGUUCACAUCACAAGGAAAAUAUCCCUUUUACAGCCGAACUCCAACAGGAGCUCGAGUCGUUCUACCUCAACCGGUACUGUAUGUGGUUUUCGCAAGGUCUUUUCGGACUUGCUAUGACACAAAUUCCUAUGGUCAACAUAUUUGAUGACCAUGAUAUAAUUGAUGGUUACGGCUCGUACCCGGACCGUCACAUGCUUUCACCUGUCAUGCGAGGUCUGGGAGCAAUAGCCUUUAAAUAUUACAUGCUUUUCCAGCACCAAAGUAGUAUUGACGAAGGGGAAGACACCGAGCCUCAGUGGAUCUUGGGUGAUACACCUGGUCCAUACAUAAGAGAAGUUAGUCGCAGUAUCUGUACAGAGCUUGGACGAGGUAUCACAUUUUUGGGUAUGGAUUGUCGAACUGAGCGGAUGGAAGAUGAAAUAGUAAGAACUGAGACAUACGAUAAAAUAUUUGAUCGGCUUGAGAGAGAGAUGAUCAAGGGUGUCACCAAACAUCUCAUUGUCAUGCUCGGUGUUCCAGUUGCAUACCCUAGAAUGGUUUGGCUCGAGAACAUGUGAGUCCAACUUUGACGUUGUUAUAUUUGUAUCAGAUGGACUAACUGUCAAGUAGACUUACGUCGCGGGCUUUCCAACCAGUCAAAGCACUCGGACGGGCUGGAAUUUUCGGGAAUAAUCUCCUCAAUCAUUUGGAUGGGGGUGUCGAGAUUUUGGAUGACCUGGAUGAUCACUGGACUGCAAAGCUUCACAAGGGAGAACGGAACUGGUUCAUUCAGAAAUUGCAAGAUUUGGCUGCCGUGAAGUCCGUGCGAGUUACGAUCUUAGGGUAAGACAAAUCAAUCAAGCUCUGGAUGAAGAGACUGACAUGGAUAGUGGCGAUGUGCAUCUAGGAGCAAUUGGGCAAUUCUAUUCUAACCCAAAACUCGGCAUUCCCAAGGAUAAAGAUCAUCGCUACAUGCCCAAUGUCAUAUCUUCGGCAAUUGCUAACGCACCACCCCCUGAUGCUCUUGCUGAUGUACUUAACAAGCGGAAUAAGGUCCAUCAUCUUGACGAGGAUACUGACGAGGAUAUGAUUCCAAUAUUUACCCAUGACGUCAACGGCAAGCCCAGAAACAACAAAUGCCUCUUAAAUCGCCGUAACUGGUGCUCCAUCAGACCAUAUGAUCCAGAACUGUCUCCUCCGCCAAGCCCUCAAACUCAAACAGAUGGGAGUCGAACACCACCACCAACUCGAGGUGGCCUCUUGCGAAGACUUUCAACAACCACACGUGGACCUAUGUAUCGCGCAGAGGGAUCUGGAGCACCCCCGCUGUCGAACCAGGGAUUCUUUAACAGGAGAGCAUCAAUGACACGCCGUAGUUCAACUGAUUCUGAGCGUCCAGGACUCCUGACUAGAACUUUGUCAUUAACAAGAACUCUGUCACUGACAAGAAGAGCCUCAACUGGUGGCGGAAGCCUCUUCCGAAGAAGUAGCAAACGAAAGCCAGAUAGUGGUGGGAUUAAUGGCUAUGGUGAAGAUAGCGACGAUGACUACUCUGAAGACUACCAUAGCCCUCCGCGCCAGGUGCGUCUUCGAGGAGGAGCUGGAUCUUCAGCGUGCGAUGACGAAGAAGAAGGAUACUUCCCCGAAACGAACGGUACUUGGGGUCGUGUACCUGCGAACCCUGCUCACGGAGCUUCGACCUCGGUCGCGGGUGGCCAGCCCCAACGAGGAUUCAACAAGCGCAAUUUCCAUCGUACGCCUACGGGACUCUCGCAGAAACAACGCAAGUCCGGGUAUACCAAGAUUGAUCUUGAAGGUGGACUGGAUAUCUCUCUGAAUAUGGAGGUUAGUCAUAAGGAUCCCGCGGGUAUUACUAUGCCGUAUCGGUUGCUUGUGCCGGCUCUUUGGUACGAGGAAAGAUUUCACGGGGAGGCUGCUAGGAAGGCGAAGGGCGGGUUAGAUAGGUGGGUUACUUUUACGAAGGAGAAGGGGAGAGAAGAUGCUUGAAUGAUGGGGAUGUAAUACUUUUAGGCUUAGAAUGAGGUUGGAGGGGUGGGAGGUCUCAUGGUGGUUACGUUAAUUAAUAAUGAUGAAUGGUGGGAUGUGGGAUGAUGGGAUGGGAAAUGGACUGGAAUGAGAAAAGCGAGAAUUGUUUUUAUGGCAUGACAGAUGGGUCAGCGGGAAGGGAAAAAGAAUUUUUGGGAUCCUCGAGGUUUAUUGUUUGUUUGCGUAUUUUUCUUGUUUUGUUUGGGUUCGUGGGUGGUUGUUCUAGUUUGUUUGUAGUAUACCCCCUUCAUUUUUCCCUUUUUCUUUCGCUUUUCUUUUGAGUGCGGGUUUGGGUUUUUAUGCGUACUGUAGAUUUAUAUUAAAUUCAUGCUUUGGUAUAAGGAUG